GGACCGGUUCAGAUCCUCGCAGGAGCAGCCCCAGCGCCCUCCCGGAAGGCCGAGGAGCAGCGUUACCGGAUCGGCUCAUCCCAGGUCAUUGUGAAAGGAGCUUCCCAGGCACAGAGGACCCGGCUCUUGUGUUUUAUCGCACACCUUUGUCAGCUUUGGUGAAUGAUUCGUAUGUCGAAUGGGGGACUGGAGGAGCCUGAAGAAUCCUUUCGGCCCAGUUUUGUGACGAGCUUUCUGGGAGAACGGAUUCCAGGAGUGCCUUAAAACGCAAAAGCACGGCGAAGGCGUUCACCUGGAGGGGCGGCAGGCAGCGGGAAUAAUGGGAGAGGAGCGGCCGGGAAGGGGCUUUGUCAUGGUUACAGGCCGGUGGCUGAGAAUGGGGGUGGAGCGGCGCUCGUCCAGAGUUAGUGACCUCAGCAAAUUGGAGCUCAGCCACGGGGAUAUCAGAAACCUGCUAAAGUGGAUCAAACAGAAUUUGUUGAAAGAACGACCGGAAUUAUUUAUACAAGGGGAUUCUGUGAGGCCAGGAAUUUUGGUGCUCAUCAACGACGCAGACUGGGAGCUAAUGGGUGAGCUGGAUUAUAAACUCCAGGACCAGGAUAAUGUGCUUUUCAUCUCAACAUUACACGGCGGGUGAACCCUGGAAAAACAAGAGGACUUAAAUCCAAACCCCUGGGCAAAAAAAACCCAACCCAAAACCUAAACCCACUCAAAUCUCUCUUGAACUGUCCAUGGCUCCACAUCUUCCUAACGAGUUCACUUGUUACUAGACAUCCAAAUAAAACCCUGCCAACAUGCAGCCUGCUGUGCACCACAA